UUAACGUGCGCGCAGCCGAUAUCCAAUCGCGACCGUUAGCUGGGGCCGAAUGCCGUGGUACCAAGGAGGAGAACAAUCUGACCGACCGUGCCGGGUGAUGUGAAAAGUCACAAUAUCACAUCAAAACCAGCGAUUCCAGUCGCAUGCUUAGACCUGGCAAUGGGAUAUGAGAAUGACUAUUCGUCAAAGGGUGAUGGACACGUCUGAUUGUUGAGUAAGAUUCGGGCCGCUAAAUAUUCGUGGAGCCUUGACUCAACAGUUGAUUGACAGCAGCAUCUCCAGUUCACCUCCCUCUGCGUGGCACUCUUUUAAUCACCUCAGAGUCUCUGAAGGAAGAAUAUCACUGAGGGAUCAGACGCCUCCCUACCAUACACUUCCUAGCCAGAGUCACCCAGAACAUCACCUCACCCUCAACUCCCCCAAGAGGGAGAGAACAGCAGCCACCAUGGUGCUGUCACAGAGACAAAGAGAUGAACUAAACCGGGCCAUAGCCGACUAUCUCCGUUCCAAUGGAUACGAGGAGGCAUAUUCCACCUUCAAGAAAGAGGCUGAGUUGGAUAUGAAUGAAGAGAUAGAUAAAAAGUAUGCAGGCCUUUUGGAAAAGAAAUGGACCUCAGUCAUCAGAUUACAGAAGAAGGUGAUGGAGCUAGAAUCUAAGUUGAAUGAGGCAAAGGAAGAGAUGACACAUGGUGGACCUGUUGGUCAGAAGAGAGACCCCAAGGAGUGGAUCCCCCGUCCCCCAGAGAGAUACGCCCUGAGUGGCCACCGUGCUCCGGUCACACGUGUCAUAUUCCACCCCGUCUUCUCUGUCAUGGUCACAGCCUCCGAGGAUGCUACCAUCAAGGUGUGGGACUAUGAGGCAGGGGACUUUGAGCGAACCCUGAAGGGCCACACGGAUUCUGUGCAGGACAUCUCCUUUGACCAGACGGGAAAGUUGCUGGCUUCGUGUUCAGCUGACAUGAGCAUCAAACUUUGGGACUUUCAGGGGUUUGAGUGCAUUCGAACAAUGCAUGGCCACGAUCACAAUGUGUCGUCUGUAGCCAUCAUGCCAAAUGGUGACCACAUAGUGUCGGCCUCCAGAGACAAGACCAUCAAGAUGUGGGAGGUGGCCACUGGGUACUGUGUGAAGACAUUUACAGGCCACAGGGAAUGGGUGAGGAUGGUGCGUCCCAACCAGGACGGCUCGUUGAUUGCCAGCUGCUCCAACGACCAGACGGUGCGUGUCUGGGUGGUCGCCUCGAAAGAGUGCAAAGCUGAGUUGCGGGAGCAUGAACAUGUGGUAGAGUGUAUCGCCUGGGCCCCUGACACUGCUCACCCCACCAUCCUAGAGGCCACAGGCUCGGAGAGCAAGAAGAGUGGGAAACCUGGCCCCUUCCUUCUCUCCGGAUCUAGAGAUAAAAAAAUUAAGAUGUGGGACAUCAGCAUUGGCAUCUGCCUUAUGACUCUGGAGGGACAUGACAACUGGGUGCGUGGGUUGUUGGUUCAUCCUGGAGGAAGAUUCAUCGUGAGCUGUGCUGAUGACAAAACCAUUAGGAUCUGGGACUACAAGAACAAACGCUGCAUGAAGACCCUUUAUGCCCAUGAACACUUUGUUACCUCUCUCGAUUUCCACAAGACUGCUCCCUACGUGGUGACGGGCAGUGUCGAUCAGACAGUCAAAGUCUGGGAGUGCCGCUGAGACGGUCUCCAUCUUUUGCCCUGUCCUGGCCCCCUCCCCAACCCCAAAAGCAGCCCUUAGGCCCCGCCCUAUCCCACCCCUCUCUUGUCUCUCAGCCUCGUCCUUCUGUCCUGACAUCUAGCCCAGCCCCUUACCUCUCGCACUCCAAUCCAUAGUUGACCAUGGCGCUUUAUCUUCUCCCCGUCCGGUCUCCUUUCCUUCCCUCCUCCCCUACAUCGGUCCAGCCCUAUUAAGAUGACUAUUGUCCUUUUAUGUAAAUUAUUCUGGAUGUAGGGUACGCUUAAUAAAUGUCACGCAAUCUCUGACACAUAAACACACUCAAAAGAUGAGAAGUAUUCCUUGCAUGGUGAUUCAAACAAAUACUGGUAAAUUUGCCGAACUUGCAUACUGUUCCUGUCAGGUCAAAGGGUAAAUAUCCUUGUGUGCUGGCGCAGGUGGAUUCCAGUUAACUGACAGUGCACGAAAACCAAUGGCACCCCUUGUUGAGGGAGUUUAGCUUUUGUUUUGUUUUACUCCAUGCUUUCAUUGUUGUGGUCUGUCACUGCGUGGAUGGUGAUAGAGAAGGUGUGAGGAAAGUACGCAUAAAAGAAAGGAUGAGUGGAAGCUGUCCGGGGUAGAUGAUAACAAGUUGAAGAAAAAACUAAGCAGGAAGCAGCUCCCUAUCGAAUCACAUUUGGUUCUGUGGGCGAUUGCACGUGUACAUGUGUGUAUACUUUGAGUGUGUGUGUGUAUGUGUGUGUGUGUUUGUAUAUUAUGACAGGAGAAUCUCUCCAUCGUCUCUGCUCUGAUGGUCAGAGGAGAGCGAGAGGAGGCAAAGCUUCUCAUCCACUGUGUUCAUUCAUACUUACUUCAUCCCUUUUAACAAACUUGCUUUCUCGUAGACACUCACAGGACCUUAAUGAUCCCUAAGCUGCUGAGAGCACAGGCACACGUCCCAUAGCAAAAGUGUGUUUUACAGAGGAAAAAGUCUGCUCACCUUCUAUGAGGUUUGUGUGUGUGUGUGUGUGUGUGUGUGUAUUUCGCCCCAGAAAAUCGCCUAGUGCCCUCUUGCUCACUAUCUCUGCCUUGUUAACCCAUUGAGGGCUCCCUCACAUGGGAUAUUCAUCCUGCUUUCUGUGGUCUCACUGCUCUCUUUACACACACAUACACUCACAAAUGCACAUACACGCACAGUAAAAAUUGUGUAUCAAUAUAUCUGGAUGUCAUUGUUUGCAACAUAAUGAAAUAAAAUUCUGUAAAUAUAA